UCUGACGAACAUGCCAGUCCGCUGAGUUGAGUAACGUCAGCUUGUAACCUAAGUGGGGGCAACAAGGUGAUUGAACAAGGCUAUGGCUUGCUAAGCUACUCUGUAGGUUGCAACCUGCUGGCUUGCCCACUCCAAGCUGAGAGCUGAGCCAUGGGACCUUUGCGAAGGCAUAGGUUUCCUGGUUCCUAGACAGGAGGGCACAGCGUGAGGCUGGUUUCACAGAACAGCGACAACCUCCGGCUCUUGGCAGUGGAGGGAUAACAGGCUGCUGUACCUCCAGUCCCAAUCAAGCUUGGUGAGCCUUGCUCUUGAACAAUCAUUCUUUUUAUGAAUUAUUUAAAUCUCUGUUUACAUUUUUACUCUGGCAAAACAUUAUAUUAUGACAUAACCCCACAAGAUGGAACUAACACCAUACAAAAUGGUGCAUAUUUUGGAACACUGCAUAAGCAUCGCCACCAACAUAUUAGUAUCAGAACAUGAAGAUUCUUCCUCCUGUCCUUAAUCUGACCUGUUCUAGGCAGACAAUCAUAACAUUCAAAAGUCAAUUAUGUUACUAAAUAACUCCUCUCAUGCUCCAGACAAAAACUCCCAUUACAAAUGCAUGCAUCACACACCAUCUACUAUAUUAUAUUCUCAAUAUGUGCCAUUUUGCAAUCUGCCAUGUGAUUCCCACCUUAUAAAUAAAAAAAAACUUGUGGGAUGAGUGAUGAUGCUGAUAUCCCAAUCAAUAUGAUAGAAUUGCAUACUCUUUAGGUGACAUUUGAGGGAAAAAAAUGAUUCCUUGUCUCCCAUAAUGUAUAACUUCACUUCCUAUAUAUAAAUCAAAAGCCAACCACGAGAAAUCGGGCUUCCAAUAACUCUGCAAAUUACUUUCUAAAGGAUCUGUAUCUCAAGAGGAAAAAAUGGUAGCUAUUGAAAAGAAAACACAAACUUCUCUGCAUCAUCGAAGUAACAGUUUUCCCUCAGCAGCUCACCCUUUUUUAUCGCAAUUUGAGGAGCAUUUACAAAAAUUGAGGGGUUCUGAGUCCACUUCAUCAUCAUCAUCGUCUUCAGUGAGCCACAAAUUCAGUGAAAUCCAGGAUUUGCAUGACUGCAUUGACAAGUUGCUUCAAUUGCCAUUGGAACAGCAAGCUUUAGUGCGACAAUGCGAUGACAAGUGGGUUGAUGACUUACUGGAGGGGUCUCUUAGGCUCUUGGAUAUCUGUACUACUGCUAAAGAUUUCCUUCUGAAAUCAAAGGAAAGCUUGAGUGACUUAAAGUCAUUCAUCCGCCGAAAGAAAGGCAGUGAAAAUGGAUUCGCAGUUGAAUGUGUGACAUACUUGGUUAUGAGGAAGAAGACGAAGAAGCAAAUUCAAAAGACCCUGAAAAGUUUGAAGCACAAAAACAACAACACUUCAAGUACGCUUAGCUUCUUAGAUGAAGCGGAAACAAUCACGCUGAGCUCACUGGAACAUUUGUUAAUGUUUAUCUCUGGCCAAAAAGGACACUCGAAACCCAGCAGAUGGUCAGCAAUAUCCAAUUUGAUGAAGCCUAAAAGAGAAGUUUGUGACUCUCAAGAAUCAAAUACAAAUGAAUUUCAAAAGGUGGAUGCAGCCUUGCAGUCUCUCGUCAGUCACAAGCUUUCAUCUAUUGAGAAUUUUCAUAGUGAUAUGGAAAAUUUGGAGCUGUGCAUUCAUGAUCUCGAAAUAGGUGUUGAUCACCUCUCAAGAAAAUUAAUCAGAAACAGAGUUUCCCUUCUCAACAUCUUCAACCACUAAUCAUAGUAUCUACUUGAUUUUUGUGCACUCAAUUUUCCCCCAUGAGUGUCACAAUUGUACAUGAAUGUGAUCACAUUUGUUUAUAAUUUAUUAAAUACAUAUCGAUUGAGGAUCAUACUAUUGUUACUUCAACAUCUACAUCUUUUGAAUGAAAGUAAAGAAUCAUAGAACAGUAAACACUUUUUUUACUUCUAUAGUCACAGAAGUAGAAAAGCAACUGCUCAGUAACAUUUUUCUUCUAUUCAAUUCACUUAUAGAUGUUAUAGUCUAUUGCUUAUUAUACAUUUAUGCACAUGUAACAGCAACCGAUGGCCAGCGUGACCUAAGCCUGUCCUUUAGCCAUCGAACAAGUCUACACAUNCACACGAGGGGUGACAGUGAAAUACAUUUUUUAAAAAUCUAAUUUUCAAAGCAGUUGUUGCAAACCGUGUGUUGCAUGAUAGCAUAUUAAUUAGGUGUCAGGAGAUUCCUUGUGGGAGACAUUGCACUAACAUUAAUAAGGUUAUGUUUGGAUUCAAAUCUUGAUUAGUUAGCACUCAUUAAUGUGAGACUCCUUGCAACUUCAGUAAAUGUCUAUUAUAUAUGUUGAGCACAUGGCAGUGGAAGGAAGUUGAAUCUCAACUCAAUUUGUUCUCCUACUUUACAGACCUCAUGUUCCUAACCAUUAGACAAAUUUGUAUUAAAUCAAUGAGAUGUAACAGAAACACAGGCUCCACUUCACCUCUAUCCCUUCUUUUCUCUCACACAAUGUUAGCUUUAUUUUAAUAAACGGAACUAGAGUUAUGCAGUU